AUGCGUUUCACAAAUGUCACUUCUUUACUUAUGUUGGGGUUUGUGGCCAUUGCUGCAUGCGAAGAGAAUGCUUCGCUAGAUAAACGUGAAGUAGUCCCAGAGCCUAUUACGGCUGUGGGAGGAGCCAGAGGAGUAAUGAAUGCAUUGCUUGCCAGGAUGCCCAAAGGAAAAGGGGGAGGGUCAGGGUCUAAGCCACCAAAAAAUGAUGACAAAAAACCCACCCCCGCUCCGUCUCCUCCAAAAACACCCACGCCAGCACCUACACCUGCUUCUACACCUCCUCCUGCUCCGAAGCCGACUUCAGCUCCCCCGGUACCAGUAACCUCUCCGAAAGUGGCUCCCACCUCUCCUGCUGUUUCAAGCGAGGCGGUAAAAUCCAAGCCAGCAGAAACAUCGGACACCAAGGCCGCCUCCAAGGGUACAACAACGUCGACCAGCGUUUCUAAGUCCACUUCCGUCAGCAAACCAACCGCUACGUCUGAUGCAAACGAACCAACUGGUGUCUGUAAGAAAAUUGUUGGCAAGAGAAUUGGAGCAUCGAAGUCCAAGACGGGAGGAGAUUCAGCACCUGUCAAGUCGAAACGUGAGGCUAAAUCACCCGCCCUUGGUGUUACCAAGACCGAGUCGCGAGCCAAACCUACAAGUGGAGCAGCUACCUCGCCUUCUAAAGCCGGAGUCCCAAAAUUCCUCGACCUUGAAAAAGCAAGCAGCAUUGUCCUUUCAAAACAGUCCGUACGAGGCACCUCCAUUGUGGUUAUCGCUUCUCAGAUGCAGGUCGUUGCUGUAACCUUCAAGACUUCACCGGGAAAGAAAGAGCUCACAGCCCUUGUGAAAGAAUUCGAUAGCAAGAUGAAGGGAAAUGGCCCUGCCAAAGUAAUGAUUCUUAGCCAGAAAAAAUCCAUAUCAAAAAAGCCUGCGCCUUUGGCAAAGUUCAUGGAUAUCACAACCGCAAAGUUCAAGAUUGCAAAGUCUGCUAAGACCUUUGACGUUCAUGUCAAGAAGGUCGAAGGCAGCUGGCCUGAAAUCGAGAUUAGAGCUGGUGCUACAUGUCACGCCGUUGAAUAUAUUUAG